AUGACAAAGAUGAAGGCAUUGACGUAUGAUGAUAUUGGCAAGUGGAAAGUGGUUGAGAAAGAUGUGCCAACGAUUCAAGACGGUGGAGAUGCAAUCGUGAAGCUUGUACGAACAACGAUUUGCGGAACAGAUCUUCACAUCCUCAAAGGCGAUGUUCCUACCUGCGACAAGGGACGUACUUUGGGCCACGAGGGCAUUGGAGUCAUUACCGAAGCCGGAUCCGAAUUGAAAAACUUCAAGAAGGGCGAUAGGGUGGUGAUUCGAUGCAUCACAUGCUGCGGAAGCUCAAUGGCCGACUCCUGCAGGAAAGCAGGCUGGAUUUUAGGGCACACGCACGAUGGAACACAAGCCGAGUACGUCCGUAUUCGCUAUGCAGACACCUCCUUGUUUCCCGUGCCUGCAGGCGCAGAUGAGCGUGCACUGCUUGUGUUCAGCGACAUCCUUCCCACUGGGCUUGAGGUUGGCACCUUGAGAGGCAAAGUGACGCCUGGCUGCAGCGUAGCCAUUGUGGGCGCUGGCCCGGUUGGCCUGGCGGCUGGGCUCACAGCUCAACUGUAUGCACCACGCAAGAUUUGCUUCUUUGACCAGGACGACUAUCGUCUUCAAGUGGCGAAGAAGAUGGGCGCGACACAUACAUAUAAUGUCAAAGGCAACUCUGACAUUCGCGCUCUAGCGAAAGAGCACAUUGGAGAAGCGGACGGCUUUGACGUCGUGAUGGAGGCUGUCGGUAUUCCCGCGACAUUCGACAUGUGCCAGGAGCUGGUUGGUCUUGGUGGACACAUCGCGAACAUUGGCGUACACGGCAAACCCGUCAACUUGUCUAUCGAUAAACUCUGGUCUCGAAGCGUCACGAUUUCGAUGGCACUUGUGAGUGCACAUACUAUUCCGACUUUGUUGGACCUGUAUGCUGCCGGCAAGAUCGAUGCCAGCGAUAUGAUCACGCAUGACUUCAAAUUCAGCGAGAUCGAGAAGGCGUAUGAUGUAUUCAGUCGCGCCGCGGACACCAAGUCCUUGAAGGUCAACAUCGAGUUCUGA